AUGGCCGAGCUGCGACUGAAGUUGCGCGAGGAGCAGACUGCUCGUGAGCGGGAGCACAGAGCCCAUGAAAACAAGCUGAAAGAGCUUCAACGCUUGCUUUCUGAGAGGCAAACUUUUCGUGAGAACUUUGAAGAUAAUCUGGAGAAAGUCAUGAGGGAAGCUGCUCAGGCACACGUGCCGAUGGAGUACGAGUCCAAAAUACAGAACUUGACUCAGGAGCUGGACGAGGUGCUCAAGCGGCUGCUUGUGUCGGAGGAGAAGCUCAGACUGAUUUCCCCCCUACUGAUCAAGAUGCACCAGUUGGUAGAGGAACAACGCCAUGCUGAAUUGGAGACAGAAAAGAAACAGCCAGGACAUCGUGUGUCGUGUCUGCAUCCGCAGACUGUUGGAAGUCUGACACAAUUGGGUAGCCUGAAGAAUCGCCCGAAGGAUGAUUGGUUGCGCAUGCAAGACUGUGCUGCCAUCCAGCAAAUUCAAGAGCGUCCCUCACUGCACACACGAAAAGACGCAACCUCAUCAAGUGCUGCAAGAAUCGGACCCAAGAAUACAGAACUGCCUUCCCAGCAAAUAAAACCUGAACGUGAGGACAUCGCUGGACCGUUUUGGCAACAGAUGCCUGCUGCUGAAACCGUCGAAGCACCAUGUGCUGAGAGCCCUGUGGACCUGCUCGCCUACAUACGCGAUCUGGCAGGAGAGGACGUCCUCAGUCUCCAUGCCAAAGCACGAGAGAAGCUUCGGCAACUGAAGGAGGAGUUCGAAAAAAUAGAAGGCUUACACCUUCAGGCCACGUCGAGGAAGCGGAAGGAUCGACGCGUACGGAGGUAA